GUAUUUCUUGUGCGGUAUUUGUAAGUUCGCGGUCACCGGUAAUGUUUUUUCUUAUAAAAUAAAAUAAAGAAAAAUAUAUAAUAAAACAUUCUGAAAGUUAUUUUAAUUAAUUUUUAAAAACCAAAACAAAAUUUCUCACAACAAAUAAAUAAAACCCACAAAAGUCUCCAAUCCAAAAUACAAAGGGAUAACUUUUUCUCCAGCAGUGUUUUCGUUUUUUCUUUGCUUUAAUUUUUAUAUUGGGUGUGUGCCUCUGCCUGUGGCCUGAGCCUAUGCCUGUAGCCUGUGCUGACUGCUGCGCUUCUCUUGGUUCUUUUGUGUGGUUGUGGUGUGACAAAUAAAAAGAAAAUUUUAUUCCAAACCCAAUUUUUUCACAAAGAAAGUGUUUUUGUUUUCUUUUAGGAAAUUUUUAGUAACGUCUGUCGAGAAGAAGAUAAACUUAAAUUUAGUGUGAGGAUUUUUAAGAAAAGUGCCACGGUGCCAGCUAGCGGUGAUUUCAAUGCUUAAAAGGAAAAAAAUAGCUGCAACUCCGGAAGUCUGAAGAAGAAGAAGAAGACUAAGAAAUCGUGAAUUUUGUAGCCGCUUCAGUUACAACUCGCAAUCGCAAUCAUCACUGCUGCUACCAAUCGUCGUCGUUCGGUGGUGCUGCAAAUAUUUUUUUAUCGGUAUCGCGGCAAAGUUUUCCGUAGCCGUAGCCGUUGUAAAGGGGGGGAGAAAUUAUCUAAAUUAUAAAAUUUGAAAUAAUCAAGCGAAACUUAUAAUAAAAAAGAAGCAGAAGCAGCAGCCGCAGCAAUAGAAGAAGAAGAAGUAAAUUCUCGCACGAAGAAAGUUGCUAAACUAGGUAGUAAAUAAAUAAGUGAUAAAAUGGCGUGGCGAUUCAAAGCCUCCAAAUACAAAAAUGCUGCUCCCAUUGUGCCCAAACCGGAAGCAUGCAUUCGAGAUAUAUGUGUUGGAUCAUAUCAGACAUUUGGCAACAAUAUUGCAGCGUCCGGGGCUUUUAUGGCAUUUAACUGGGAGCACACGGGCUCCAGCUUAGCAGUGUUGCCAAUCGAUGAUUGCGGGCGGAAAAGCAAGACUAUGCCAUUAUUGCAUGGCCACACGGAUACUGUCACAGAUCUAGAGUUCUCACCGUUUCAUGAUGGACUCCUGGCGACUGCUUCGCAAGAUUGCUUGGUCAAAAUUUGGCACAUUCCCGAAAAAGGUCUAGAUGCGUCACUAUCGGAUGCUGAGUGUGUUUUUUCUCACAAACAACGUCGUGUAGAGACAGUAGGUUUUCAUCCUACAGCAGAUUGUCUUUUACAUUCCACAGCAGCUGGAUGUGUCACUCUAUGGGAUAUCACUACACAGAAGGAAGUAUUUUCUAACAACGAACAUCCUGAGGUUAUACAAUCGGUCAGUUGGAAGCAAGACGGAACAUCCUUGGCUACCAGCUGUAAGGAUAAGAACGUGCGGAUCUUAGAUCCAAGGGUAGCUGGGGAACCCAUUCAAAUGAUUGGCGAAAGUCAUCAGAGUAUCAAGGAUUCUCGAGUUGUAUGGUUGGGAAAUCAGAAUCGCAUUCUAACAACUGGUUUUGAUGCUGCCCGUCUGAGACAAGUAAUCAUUCGUGAUUUGCGUAAUUUUGCCGUACCAGAAAAAACUCUGGAGUUGGAUUGUUCCACUGGUAUUCUUAUGCCUCUCUACGAUCCGGACACUAAUAUGCUUUUCCUCGCCGGAAAGGGAGACACCACCAUUAACUAUCUCGAGGUUAGUGACAAAGAUCCGUUCUUAAUCGAAGGACUGCGUCAUACCGGCGAACAGACAAAGGGUGCCUGUUUGGUGCCAAAGAGAGCCCUCAAAGUGAUGGAAGGAGAAGUUAAUAGAGUUUUGCAAUUGACUUCCAACAUGGUCAUUCCUAUUAUGUAUCAAGUUCCAAGAAAGACUUAUAGAGAUUUCCACAGUGAUCUAUACCCAGAGACUACGGGUUACAAGACUGAAUUGAGUGCCAGCGAAUGGAUGAAUGGCAUUAACAUUCCCGUACCAAAAAUGAGCUUAGAUCCGGCAAAGCGGGAGCUAGGAGAUGCUCCAAUUACGGUUCAUCGUGGUAAUUUAAAAUCGGUUGUUAUGAAUAUAGAAAAUAAAAAAUCCUCAGAAGCCAAAAAGCAACAAAACGGACGUCAUACGUCGUGUCCGGUUGUUGUUACCGCCGUUAAAAACGAUCUCAGGUUCAAUGAAAAGACUGAUAAAAAGAGCGACGACGAAUUACUUGCACUUUCCAGAAAUGACAUAAUGAAAAAAUUCGACAGCAAGUAUAAAACUGAUUCGGAAAAACAAAUAACUUCCAUUAGAAAGAAGGCUGUAUCACCACAAAAUGGCGAUACUAAUCAUGAAGAAUCACGCAUGGUUUCUCAUAAUUCGUCACAAGAAUCUCCUGAGGAGUCAUGCAGCAGUGAUCAUUCGAUUACGACCCCACCUAAACCAAUGCCACGUACGUCGAGAAAUAAUUCAUUGCCUGACUCACAACAUAGCUCAUCGAGUGAUGAGACUCCUCGCCCGAAGCCGAGGACAACGACACCAUCGUCUUAUAAGCCAAGAUUGGGACCAAAGCCAUUUUCGAGUAAUUCAGGAGACCUUACUUUGGAUAAAGUAUUCGCUGUACCACAUGCUCCAGGAUCCAUAGACACGCUUAAUAGCUUGGAUGAAACAAUUUCUCCACCCGCCCCCAAUAAACCCGAUCUCAUUGUUGAAAUUGAAAUAAAAAAAGAAAAACCACUAAGGAAUGGCGAUGGAGAUGAAGAGUCUGGUUCGAAGUCGUUGACAACUUCAGAGAGACGAAAGUCGGCAGAUGAAUCUCCUGAUAAGAUAUUUGAACUUAAUCACUCCGAGUCAUCAGGAAAUUCUACUGAAGGAGAAGAUAAGCCUGAGGUUGAGUUGCGCAGAAACCUUACUACUCGAGGUAGUAUUGCAGAUCGACGUCGUUUGUACGAAAACCGCUCGAGAAGCACUCAAGACGAAAAAAUACAAUCGCCAGCUCCACUACGUGAGCUAACAAGAACUGAACCGAUAAAGCCUCCAACAGAAAAUAAACGUAUUUCUGUGCCCGAAGGAAAGCUUCUCGAAGAGAAACGGCGAAACAUGGAUGGCAUAAAGAAGUCUGCCACGGAAGCAACCAUUACAUCAACAAAACGUACUUCAACAGUAUUCGGCAAAGUUUCCAAGUUCCGACACUUGAAGGGAACUCCAGGCCACAAGUCGACUCACAUAGAGAAUUUGCGAAAUUUAAGUCGACAAAUCCCUGGUGAGUGCAAUGGUUUCCAUGCGAACCAUGAGCGUGUUGCAGUCCCACUUUCCGGUCCGGGAGGUAAAAUCGCAAUUUUCGAACUGAGUCGCCCUGGUCGUUUACCUGAUGGUGUGAUCCCCUCGCUGGUUAAUGGAAGCAACAUCAUGGACUUCCAGUGGGAUCCUUUCGAUUCAAGGCGUUUGGCUGUAGCCUGUGACGAUGGAAUAGUAAAGCUGUGGCGCAUUGAUGAGAACGGUUUGACUGAACCGACAAACACUCCCGAAAAAGAACUCACAGCCCACUUAGAUAAGAUCUAUUUUAUUCGAUUUCAUCCGCUGGCUAAGGACGUUUUCUUGACCACGAGCCAUGACAUGACAGUUAAGUUGUGGGAUCUGAAUACAAUGCAAGAGAAGUGCAAUUUGCAAGGUCACAAUGAUCAAAUAUUCGAUUUGGCAUGGAGUCCGUGCGGAAAAUUCGCCGCCAGUGUGUGCAAAGAUGGCAAGAUACGUGUUUACAACCCACGGAAGUCAGAGACACCAAUAAGGGAAGGAAAUGGACCAGUUGGAACAAGAGGUGCUCGCAUAACUUGGGCCAUUGAAGGGCAGUACAUAGUGUGUACAGGAUUUGAUAAAGUAUCGGAGCGACAAAUAAGCGUUUACAAUGCUAAUAAAUUAGCUGCUCCAUUAAAUACAAUGAGUUUAGAUGUAUCACCAUCUAUCUUGAUUCCAUUCUAUGACGAGGAUAGUUCAACAUUAUUUGCUACAGGAAAAGGAGACUCAACUAUCUAUGCCUAUGAAAUAACCGAUGAGGAACCAUAUAUCUGUCCACUUUCACAUCACAGGUGCUCUUCGUUGCAUCAGGGUCUUAGUUUCCUCACAAAGAAUCAUUGUGAUGUGGCGAGUGUUGAAUUUUCAAAGGCUUAUCGCUUGACAAACACAACAAUUGAACCAUUAAGUUUUACAGUGCCAAGAAUAAAGAGUGAACUAUUCCAAGAUGACCUCUUCCCCCCGACUCUGGUGACAUGGGUGCCAACAAUGACGGCUGACGAUUGGUUUUCAUUGAAUGAUAAGAAGCCGAAGAAAAUCAGUCUUCAGCCAGAGGGUAUGGAGUGUUUAUCAUCCAUUCAACCAGCAGCACAGAUUAAAAAACCCGAACAAACAAACAGUCCCCAAUUUUUGACAAAAUCCGAAUAUGAAAAAGCGAAACAACAAGAAAUUCAAAAAUCUGUAAGUGCUCGCAUGGAAUACAACACCAAACUCGAACAAGAUGAAAUGGAAGGAGUGGACGAAAACGAAUGGGAAGAAUGAAAUUGACAACGGGCGCUAUAGAAAUAUUGCUGGAUCCUCGCCAGCAAAUUUAGACAUAAGAUAUCAAAUUUAUAUAAUAUAACAAAAUAUAGUACUAUUAAUCUUAAACGUUAAAAAAACAAAGCGAAAAUGAUCGUCUUAACAUGUGGAACACUAACAAAAAAAAAUACUCUGAGCAUAAUGUAUAAUCAUUUGUUUUGUUUUAAAAUCCAAACCAGAAGAAAAAAAACAAAAUCAAUUUCCCCAAAAUCUAAACUUGUAGCUCUCUAAAUCGAAAAUCCCAUUUAAAAAACAAGUCUAUUGUAAGUUUAUUUAAUUUAAUUAGAGAUUUAAAAAAGAAAUCUGUUGCCAUAAGUCAAGGAAUUAUACAAAACUAAUUAAUUUGUAACUCAAUUUAAAUAUCUAGUCGGAUAUCCACAAAUUUAGAUUAAAUUAAAUUAAAGAAGAAAAAGAAAAACAAAUAAGUAAAAAUGUUAAAAGAUAAAAUUACCUUACGUCCCUCCUACCCCCUCCCCCUAUCAUAGAUUCUUCCAAAGUUAUUUUUUGUUGUUAUAAUUUUCAAGGAAAAAUAUAACCAAGAGACUAUGGACACAUUGCCAUAAAUACAGACACUCAGGAUAUUCCUGAUCAUUGCCAGUUUAUACAUUUUUAUACGUAAAAAUAAAUUAUACAUCGUUAUUGCAUUUUUGAUACCCAAAAUUAAUCAGUCCUUAAUCAGAAACUCCUUGUAAUCUGAAGUUCUCUCCACUUAUCCGACAAAAGACAUGUUUUUUUCCAGUUGGAAAGUUAGGGGAAUUUCGAUUGCAAGGGUUUCCGAAGAGGGAGCGAAUUCUUAAAAGCAGAAAACAAAAAGAAAGAAGGAAGAGAACUUUUUA